CAGGCUGCUCACGCUGUUGUAGAAUCAGACAACCGCCUGCAUCUCUGUCUUCAAGACCCUUGCACCCACACGCACAUGAUGCAGCUCCCGCUCCUCCUCGCAGGCAUCGCCGCCUCUGCCUCUGCCGCCUGCGCCUCGGGCGUCGUUCCCUCUCUGUGGGACGGCGAGUGCUUCUACCCAGCGGCGGACAUUGGCUUCGACCUCGACAGCUACAUCGCUGGCCGGUGGUACCAGGUCGCCGGUACCGUGGCCCCCUUCACGGCCGGCUGCAAAUGCAUCUAUGCGCAGUACUCGCUCGAUGGCGACGGCAACGUCGCCGUCAACAACACAUGCGAGGCUGCCGGCCGCGCCGUCAACAUCCUCGGCACCGCCAAGCCGGCCAACGCCACGUAUGGUGCCGCGGGCGUGCUGAGGGUCCAGUUCCCCGGUACUCCGGAGCCGGAGUGCCCUGGCCCCAACUAUAUCGUCCAGGACUACACUGGCGACAUUGCUCUUGUCCAGGCAUCCAACUUUUCCACCCUCUUUGUGCUGAGCCGCAAGCAGCAUCUCGAGGAGUCGGUGCUCGAUGCAUGGAUUGCGUGUGCUGGUCGGCUCGGCUCGAAUCUGGCUGAUGUCGUCAAGACGGAUCAGACCGACUGCGCAUUCGUGUAGUGCUAUGUAAAGGGCCGACCGUUGGACUGUUGUUGGAGGGCUGUCGACAAAAGACGCUUUCCAGUGGACAGCCGAACUCUGAGGCGAGAAGUGCUUCAGAUCUUCUUUUGAUAGAGGUAGCUAUUAAUAGUCGUAGAAAGCGAUCGAAACUUAGACAAGUAAAUAAUACGGUAGAAUUGAGC